UUGUAGCGCCUCGGUUGACAUUGUUGUUGUUGUGGGAGUAAGAAUGUACUUAGUCGUCAAGUCUUUUCAAGACAAGAAGCAGGGCGUAUUUUUGACGUUCACACAAACCUGAAUAGCACAUUACCCCCGGAGGAAGUGAAUUUCUGCGAACGAAAGACAGAGUGGAUGGAAAUGAGAGAGAAAUUCCGUGAGGCCGCUCGAGAUUAAUGAACACUUUUGAAGCUACCAUCUGGCUGCCUAUGGUUGUGGACACUCCUUUCAGCCCACUGACCCGUCGUACUUCACAGGUGUGGCCAAAACAGUUCUUCUGCUGUGAAGGAGAAUUGCUCUCCUGUCUUUUCUCUCUCCUGAUGCCCCCUUCUGCAUUGUAAAUUCAUGAUCACAUGACUUUGGAUAUGGACGCAGUCCUGUCCGACUUUGUCCGUUCUACUGGAGCUGAACCCGGACUGGCCAGGGACCUGCUGGAGGGAAAGAACUGGAACCUCUCGGCUGCGCUGAGUGACUUUGAACAGCUGAGACAAGUGCACGCUGGGAACCUCUCAUGCACCUUUGCUGAAGAGAGAGAGUAUCCUUCCUUUGAAAAAGAGAUGGCCCGGAUGGGGCGGCCUCUCUUGCAUCGCCAAGAUGAGGUUGUUCAAGCAGCCACAGAGAAGCGACUGUCGAGGGGAAUCUCUCACGCCAGCUCCACCAUCGUCUCUCUGGCUCGCUCACACGUGUCCAGUACAGGCGGCAGCAACGAGCCACUUCUGGACACUCCGCUCUGCACCUUCCAGUUGCCUGACCUCACCGUCUACAGGGACGACUUCCGCGGCUUCAUCGAGAGAGACCUCAUUGAGCAGUCCAUGAUGGUGGCCUUGGAGCAAGCUGGACGGUUGAACUGGUGGACUCAUUUGGGGACCGGCUGUCAAAGUUUAUUACCUCUGGCUACUAGUGGUGAUGGGAACUGUCUGUUACACGCUGCGUCACUGGGUAUGUGGGGCUUUCAUGAUCGAGACCUAAUGCUGCGGAAGUCUCUCUAUGCACUGAUUGAUCAUGGGCAGGAAAGGGAGGCUUUAAAGCGAAGGUGGAGAUGGCAACAAACCAUGCAGAACAAAGAGUCGGGACUGGUUUACACAGAGGAAGAGUGGCAGAAAGAGUGGAAUGAGUUAUUGAAACUGGCAUCCAGUGAACCCAGGAUACACUACAGCACUAAUGGCAGCAACGGUGCCGAGUCACAGGAGGAGCCGGUGUACGAGAGCCUGGAGGAGUUUCAUGUGUUCGUUCUUGCUCACGUGCUCCGCAGGCCGAUAGUGGUUGUGGCUGACACCAUGCUGCGGGACUCUGGGGGAGAAGCUUUUGCACCUAUCCCAUUUGGAGGGAUUUACCUGCCCCUAGAAGUACCAGCCAAUAAGUGCCACCGCUCCCCUCUCGUCCUGGCAUAUGACCAGGCCCAUUUCUCUGCUCUGGUCUCAAUGGAGCAGAAAGACAGUUCCAAAGAACAAGUGGUGAUCCCUCUGACAGACUCAGAUCAUAAGAUGCUGCCUUUGCACUUUGCUGUGGAUCCUGGAGAAGACUGGGAAUGGGGCAAAGAUGACAACGAUAAUGUGAUGCUGGCAAGUGUAACCUUAUCUCUAGAGGCCAAGCUCCAUCUGCUGCAUAGCUACAUGACUGUCACCUGGCUUCCUCUACCCUGUGAGGUACAGCAGGCCCCAUUGGCUCAGCCAGAGUCACCUACAGCAUUUGCAGGAGAGGAUGCUCGCACCCCGCCAGACUCUGGAGAGUCUGAUAAGGAAUCUGUCAGCAGCAGUUCUAAUGGCAAUGGAGACAGCAGUACAACUGGAACCAGUGGCACAACAGGCAAAACAAAUGGUGGAUCUUCCAGCUCUUCUAGCUCAUCUAGUAACAGUUCAGCAGGGACAACUGGCACAAUUGGAAAGGAGAAGGGAAAGAAAGACAAAGAAAAGGAUAAGGACAAGAAACGUGCAGACUCUGUUGCCAACAAACUGGGUAGCUUUGGCAAGAGCUUGGGAAGUAAGCUGAAAAAGAAUGUGGGAGGCCUGAUGACAGGAAAGAAUGCAAGUGGAAGUGGAUCCAAACAGGAGGGUCAAGAGAAGAAGAAAGGCUCUCUGAGAGGUCGUAAGGGCAGCAAGGACAGCUCUCCCUCCAUUCAAACUGGCUCUGAGGACUCUGGGAAAGGUUCACCCUCCUCAACCAGCGAGCGACAAAAUGGAAGCUACUCUUCUGAAGGUGACCCUUUUAAGUACAGCUCGGAUGUGAAAGUGAGUCUCAGCGUCCUCCGAUCCGCUAUGCAAGGUGAAAGGAAGUACAUCUUCGCUGCGCUACUCACUACAAGCAACCGGCAGCCGUUUCAGGAGGAAAUGAUACAACGCUACCUGCUUGAUGCCGAGGAACGCUUCCAUGCCGAACAGGAACAGAGAAGGGAAGCCGAGCGGAAAACGGCUGGAGGUCUCGCAACAACUGCUGGGUCCCAACUAAAAAAGGACGGGCCUGAGCUGAGUUACAGAAGUUUUGAAAGCAAAGAGGAAGUCACUGAUAACUCGCCUCCUACUUUUAAUGCAUUGAAGUCGUCGUCUUUCAGUCCGGUGAUGUACUCCGGCGUGGUCCCAAUUCCUAGGGCCACCUUUAUUGACCACUCUCCUUCCCCACUCACACAGCAUCUCCAUAUGCAUGGUUAUUUGGAUACAAGACGGCAGCUGGCAGGAGGUUCGCCGUCUUCUUACCCAGGCCUACCUUCCUAUGCUACCUUGCCCCGACACUGCCCCCUAGCACAGGGCCCGCCCCAUACCCAGUACCACCCUCCCUCCACCAGCUUGGGGAGUCCAUCCCGUAUCAUCAGCCCCUGCCUGAUGUCUUUUCCCCAAGAUCAUGACCCAAUUGAUUACCCAACCGAACCUGCUGGAGGUUACACGAAUGGCUUGCGGGACUCACAUUUGACUUUGGACAGCCGCAAUGGGCCGAUGCCUAUGAGGCAUUACUCUUUAGGCAGUGCGGGUGGUCUCGCCAACCUGCAGUCCAGCAAAUGCCGAACGCCUACGUGUAAUUACUUCGGCCACCCCGAGACGGGCAAUUACUGCUCGUACUGCUACAGAGAGGAGCUGAAGAGACGGGAAACAGAGACAGCUAUCCAUAGGUUUUGAUUGGACAAUCUCUGUCAGGUUUCUCUCCUAUAGGAUUCAUUAGAACCCACCGUGUGAGCCACAACAUAUCCUGUUUGUGUGGAACUUGCUUUAAGACACAAGUUCGGCCUUUCUGAACCAGGUUACUGAGACUCUGCGCCCACAAUGAAUGGCCAUUGUGAGAAUAGGACUGCUGUUGUUACAUUUGCUGUGGCUCAUAGGCAGAAGCUUUAAGCUCCGCCCACAUUUGCUUGACGUGGUCAUCCUCUUUCCUUUCUCCUUGUCUCCUCCUAGUGUCGAGAAUGUAGAGCACAGGCAAUUGACAUUGGAGCACAAUGUGCUAAAUUGCAUCAUAUGAACACGCUGUGUACCCCAAAAUACACGUUAAGCACAACCAGAAAAUACGUAUUUAUAUCAGCUGAGUUUGUAUACAUAAUAAUAGACAUGUAGGAUUUCAUCUGCAGUCAAAGUAAGACUUGCCAUAUUGCGAUUGCAAGGCAAAAAACACACUGUUAACUUCAAAUGAGUGUUAUCUGCAUUGGCCCAACACUACAAUAAUUUAACUUGCACCUCUUUGGAAGCCAUACCGACUGGCUUGAAUUAGCUAAAAAUGUGCUUUCUCGUGUCUAAGAUGUUGAACUUAUGGAACUAAACCUUGAUAGGCAAAGGUUUCGCUUUGGGUAUUCACAUGUCCACAUAAAAAAAUCAGUCGUUUAUGUUCUACUAAGUGUUUCUACAACAUUUAAAAGUGCAAGACGUUUAAAAUUAGUGCAAAAAAGAAAGGAAAUGGGAUGUCAUUUUUUAGAAAUGGUACAUCAUGCAGAAGAGUUAUGUUAAUGAGUUCUAGGUACUCGCGGGUCAAAGGGGGCUGAUGUUGAAACCAUUUCUGACCCCUUCAGAUGUUACCGGCUUAAAUGUUAUUGAUCAAUCGCCCCCAGAGUAGUCACUGCACCAAAUCAAGCACUUUUCUAAUGUCCAGAGGUUGUCCGCGUGGGUUUCAGACGUGACAAUGAAUAGACUGUUAUGAUGCUGGGCUUCUAGUCUGGAAUUUCGCUUCAUUCUGGAGGGAGAACUUGCAGUUCCACUUGCGUUGACUGCGGAUGUCAGGGUUCGGCUGUAGGUGCCACUGUUGUGUGCAAGCUCACUUGUUUCCUAGUUGCCUUUUCAGUCUUAGUUCAGGGGGAUCGUUGAACUGAAUCUACUUCUGAUUGGUUUUGAAUUCGCAGUGCUGAUUGUUGACGAUAUUUAUGGACUCAGAGGGAUGCUAGCAGAUCUCUCUGUAUCUCAGCUACACUAUGAAUGGUGCAUCGAGAUCAAAUCCUAUUACACGUUUAACAGACAUAAAAGCCUCCGAUAAAGCCUGCCAGUUGUACAAUUCAGACAAAACAUAAAAUACUGUUACUAAUUCAGUCUUACAUGCCGUUCCAAACCUGUACGAUUGGCAAAUACAAAAGUAGAUUGUUCUUUUCCGUACAUUGGAAGUAAAUGUGGACCAAUCACUUAAUGUGAGUAAUGGAGCAGAAGUCAUUACUCACAGAAAGUCUUCCGCUCCAUCUCGCCUACUGACAAAUCUGACGCCAGUGAUGACAAACGCCAUUUGGUUUUUUGUGUCUUAACGGAGCACAACAAGCCAAUGUGGAUGUGCAAAUUAAUUUUGCUAGCUACGUUGGAGGGCAAAACUGCUAAUAUAGCACACAUGCACUCUGAAUCUGAGUCAAACCAGCCUGUUACAUGUUAUUUACUUGCUAUUAAUUUUGCUCUGUUAAAAUAUUUAGUUACUGCAUUUUGACUUGGAGCACAUGUCCCCAUUCAUUUUCAUUAUACAGAGAAGAGCAAUCUGGACGCUCUGCUGGACACAGCAGAAAGUAAGUCAUACAGGUUCAGAACGACAUGAGGGUUAAUGAAAUGAUGAUGACAGGUACUUCAUUUUGGGCUGGAUAACCCUUUACCUUGUCUUUGCUCAUGUGAAAUGGGCUCUAUAGUACUGUAAGAGGAUGUUGCUGCUGUGAUCAUGUUUGUUUGAUGUGGGUAAGUGUUAGUGUGCUGCACUGAUGGUAGAUGUAGAGUUGGUGUUGUAGUUGCAGCAAACUCCCUUCCGCUUUUCAAACACUCAAUGCAGAUGUAAUCAGUCGUGUGCAAAUAAUUGUAUAACUGUGUCCGCUCAAUGCCACAAUGUUCCCACAUUUGCAUUACUGAUUUGCACAAUUAAAUAUAUGCUAUGUUAGUAUCCUAACAAAAUUUUAACAUACUUCUCUUCAUCUGGUAUCUCCCAUGCAUUUGAAGCUUUAAAUUCUCAAUAUAGAUUAACUUAAAUUCCAAAACACUAAAUUGUCUAUUAUCUCAGACAGAGUGAAGAUUUACAGCAUACAGUAUAAAAGCCUGAAGGUUUGUUAGUUUAGUUUUUCACCCAAAGACAGCAUGAUAUAUUUGACAUGUUAGUCCCUCUUAUGACCAAUAGAUGGCACACUUGUUCAGGUUACAUUUUGGCUAUCACCUUUGUCUAAAUCAGUGCAUCCCUAGUGACUCUGUGACUGAUGGCUCACGUUUUCAUAGUGUAAAUACGGGACAAGGAGUAUGCUGCUGCUGCUACUGCUUUUGGAUUUAAAUUGCAAUUGAUAAAAAAAAAAAAUCAGUCUUAUGUAAGGCAUACACCAUUUACCCAGAUUUCCACACUGCAAAAAGAAAUUCAGCGUGUGAGUUUGUGUGUGCGCGUUUGGUGAAUUGUGCUUUGGCAAACCUAUUGCAGCCUCAAGGCACAAACAAGAGGAAAUUGUCAGUAAAAUGAUAACUACUCUCCAUAGGAAUUUGUUCUCCUUCCAGUGUACUUAUUGCUUGCGUUUAACGGAUCCAGUUAUUUAACGAUUGGAUAGCUCCUUCAGCCACCCCGAGCGUUGGACUUCAAUAAGAGUGCAAACAUUUUUGUAUUAUGAAAUAAAACUGUUGUAUAAAUACGUUGAAGUUAUUUUUGUAAAUCAAACGCAGUUUUACAGUGUUUUUUAAAGAUACGAAUGUAUGCUGUUGGACCGUACCCUGAUUGAUGGUGGAGUCAGUAUUCUGGAGCGUACGGCAAUGACUGACAAGAGAAGCCUCUUAAAUCAGAGCGUUUCUUGUGAACAAACUCAUUUCUCCAUCAGUGAUCUGACAAAGUAUGAUUUGAAAAUAUAUAUUUGUAGUAAGAUUUUUCAAAUAGUUUGGGAUGUUUAGUUCUGAAACUAAGAUGUUCUUUCUUACGUGGCUAGUUGUCAAACAGACGGGCCUCCUGAAGAUUCCUAAUUUUGAUUUGUAUUUUAAAACGAAUUAUGAUACUUAAUCGAAUUUUGAGUACAUUUUUUAACGAUGGUGGUGGCGUCCACCACCAUCAGUUUUCACACACUAAAUUCUCUUAUUUAAUACAGUGGGCUUUGUUUUAUGAUGUAGUUUACUAUUUUUAUAUGGUAUGUUUUCAUGGAUGUGACAGAGCUACAGUCAUCAGCAUUCUCCAAUUUGCAUGAGACUGAAACUGUUGCAUGUACAGAACUGACAGAUGCAAUUUAUCUAAUCAUAUUUGUGCAUUACUUCUGGCUAAUUGGGCAAUUUGUGUUUGUUUUCAGCCGUUUUACCUUUCUCUCUGUUAGAGAGGUAACCCCAGGCUGUGUGACAGUGCAAUCUAGGUGGAAAGAACAUCUGAUUUUUAUGUUAGUUUUAUUUUAUUUACUUUUUUUUUUUCUUUUCUUUUUGCACCGUUUUAAUAAAAUUCUCAUUGUAUUUAAA